AUGGGUGUAAAUUCGUCGAAGCUUAACGAAGAAGUCGAACUCCUUCUCCGCGAACAACAAGCAGAUCCCACGGUUGUUACCGCAGGACUUCAUGACCAACUGAUCUCCUCUUUCCUCGAGAUCGCCGUCGGUCACACCGUCGAAACCGCAAGAUACUUCCUACACACAACAAACUGGAACCUUGAGGAAUCCAUCAAUCUCUUUCUCCUCAACGACACCCUUGAUCCUUCCAUGUAUCACCACAACGAUCAGGAGCCACGUCAUGAAGAGAUCUUGGAGGAUUAUAACGAUGAUGAUGGUGAUGAUUCAGAAUCGAGAUUGUCUUCUCUGUAUCGUCCUCCUUAUAACAUUCUUUUCGACGGUUGGUUUGAAGAUGCGAAAACGUUUUCAACUCAAGAGAACAAGUGGUUGAUGGUGAAUCUCCAGUCAAGAACAGAGUUUGCUUCUCUUACGCUUAACCGUGACGUAUGGUCGAACGACGCCGUAUCGCAAGCCGUUGAGUCUAGCUUCGUCUUGUGGCAGGUCUAUGAUGAUACAGUCGAAGGUCAGAAGAUAUCUACUUUUUACAAACUCGAAUCUGCAGCUCCUCCUCUGGUGCUUCUCUUAGAUCCCAUCACCGGUCAGAAGAUGCGUAUGUGGAGCGGAGAGAUUGAAGCUCAGGGUUUGCUUGAGGAUUUGGUCAAGUUUAUGGAAUCUGGUCCUCAUGAACACAUUGCUUCUCUGUCAAGGCACAGAGGCCCUGAAACGAAGGUUACUUAUUCGUCAAGCAAUCAAGUCCCGCCUCCUUCUUGGGGUGACGAGUUUGAAGAGGAAGAUAGUAGUUCGUCAAGAAACAUGGAUCAAGUCUCGGCUCCUUCUUGGGGUGAAGAGUUUGAAGAGGAAGGCAAUAGUUCGUCAAGCAACCACACUGGUCAAGUCGUGGCUCCUUCUUGGGGUGAAGAGUUUGAAAAGGAGGAGACUUGUGUGUCAAGCAACAACACUGAUGGAGAGUCUGAAGAAGUAAAGGAGGAGGAGGAGGAGACUUGUUGUCUCUUUCCGGAGUUAACAGAAGAGCCAAUGGGAGACUGUGAUCGAAACCUUGUGUGCAAUCUCUGUGUUCGAUUUCCGGAUGGGAGAAGGAAGCAGAGGAAGUUUCUAAAGACGGAGCCAAUUCAGCUUCUUUGGUCUUUUUGUUAUUCUCAGAUGGAAGUAUCUGAGAGAAAGGCGUUCAAGCUAGUACAAGCGAUUCCUAGGGCUUCCAAGACUCUGGAUUAUGAAGUUAAUGACCCGUUCGAACAAUCUGGGCUUGCUAAUUCGAUGAUCUCUGUUACUUGGGAGUGA